AUGAGUAAAAAAACACAGAAGUCCGAAGAUUCUAAGAGAGAAAAACUUUCAUGGACAAAUCAAAUGGAUGAUGCAUUGAUUGAUGCAUUGUAUCACCAACAUGUUGAAGGAAAUAGGGUCAAUGGAACUUUCACUACUUCAGCAUAUGAUAAAAUAGUAAAGGAAUUACGUGAGAUAUACAACUUGGACUUAGAUAAGGCCAAAGUCAAGAAUAGGCUGAAAACUAUCAAAGAGCAUUUUGCUGAGUUCUAUGAUUUAUUCAAACAUACUAGUGGUUUUGCUUGGAGCCCGGUUACAAGGAUGUUCACUGCUAAACCUGAAGUUUGGGAGGCAUUGAUUGAGAAAUGGAAAUGUACACCCAUUAGCAACUAUGAAAAGCUGGCUGAGAUCUAUGGAAAGGAUAGGGCAACUGGUGUAGGUGCUGAAACUGCUAAGGAAAAAGUACGACGAUGGGCCAACUCAUCAAAUAAUGAUCAUGUAGAUAGAAUUGAAGUCAUUGAUGAACUGGUGCACCAAAAUGAAGCAAACUUGGAAAGUUUUGUGGAUGAAGAUGAUGUUGUGUUGUCUCCUAAAAGUGGAACAUCUGCGAAGGCAAAGAAAAGAAAGCUCUCAAAUGAUGGUAGAGGGACGUUGACAUACUGA